CGAGUCGGGCUAGGCAACCGCGUGACUCAGUUCCCGCCAAGCUGGAGCCCCCUCUUUCCUGCUGGAUUAUUCAGUUUCUCAGUCACCUCCCUGGGAGAGUUUGGGAAAGGUGAUACCCGGCAACUCUCACCGCCCCCUUGACCCUUUGACUUCCAUCAACCCCAGACCUGCCGUGUUGACCCCCACAGCCCCUAGACUGCCUCCUGGUGACUUCCAUACUGGAGAAGGCCUCUGUCUUGCACGCUCCUUUGCAGAGGCCUGACGGCCCCUGGGGAAGAGUGGGGAGAGAGCGGAAGAAUGGGUUAGCCCCCAAAAUCAGGCAGGACCAGCCCUGGAAGUAGGAAUCCGGAUCCUGAGCGUGCGCCCAGGCCGGGAGCGUGAGUUCUUGCGUCCUGGGUUGGGUUCUGACGGCCCUCCCCCAAGGUUCCCGGGGCCGCCCCGGUCACGUGGCCGGCGGGGCCGGCAGGUAACUCGCCUGGAGAGGGCGUGGGCCGGUAGCCGCCCCGCCCCGCGGGGCGCCACGGGCGGGUCUCGGCAGCGCCCACUGAGCCAGCCGGGCCGCAGGUGCCGCCCCCGAUACACGGUGUCCCGCCCAAGCUGAUCCGCGUCUGCGGUCGGUCGGUGCGUGCGUGCGCCUCGUCGGUCCGCGUGUGUCUGGCCCAGCGCCCCCUUCCUCUGCGGCCAUGACUCCGCCGCCGCCGCCGCCCCCGCCCCCAGGCCCUGACCCCGCGGCCGACCCCACCGCGGACCCGUGCCCCUGGCCCGGAUCACUGGUCGUCCUCUUCGGGGCUACGGCGGGUGCGCUGGGACGGGACCUGGGCUCGGACGAGACCGACUUAAUCCUCCUAGUUUGGCAAGUGGUUGAGCCGCGGAGCCGCCAGGUGGGGACGCUGCACAAAUCGCUGGUUCGUGCCGAGGCGGCCGCACUGAGUACGCAGUGCCGUGAGGCGAGCGGCCUGAGCGCCGACAGCCUGGCGCGGGCAGAGCCGCUGGACAAGGUGCUGCAGCAGUUCUCACAGCUGGUGAACGGGGAUGUGGCUCUGCUGGGCGGGGGCCUCUACAUGCUCUGCACUGAUGGGCAGCAGCUAUUGCGACAGGUCCUGCACCCCGAGGCCUCCAGGAAGAACCUGGUGCUCCCCGACAUGUUCUUCUCCUUCUAUGACCUCCGAAGAGAAUUCCAUACGCAGCAUCCAAGCACUUGCCCUGCCAGGGACCUCACUGUGGCCACCAUGGCACAGGAUUUAGGACUGGAGACAGAUGCCACAGAGGAUGACUUUGGGGUCUGGGAAGUCAAGACAAUGGUAGCUGUUAUCCUCCACCUACUCAAAGAGCCCAGCAGUCAAUUGUUUUCGAAGCCCGAGGUGAUAAAGCAGAAAUACGAGACGGGGCCUUGCAGUAAGGCUGAUGUGGUGGACAGUGAGACUGUGGUACGGGCUCGUGGGUUGCCCUGGCAGUCAUCAGACCAGGACGUGGCUCGCUUCUUCAAAGGGCUCAACGUGGCCAGGGGUGGUGUAGCACUCUGCCUCAACGCCCAGGGCCGCAGAAAUGGCGAGGCCCUCAUCCGCUUUGUGGACAGCGAGCAGCGGGACCUAGCGCUGCAGAGACACAAGCACCACAUGGGCGUCCGCUAUAUUGAGGUGUAUAAAGCGACAGGGGAGGAGUUUGUAAAGAUUGCAGGGGGCACAUCACUAGAGGUGGCUCGUUUCUUGUCACGGGAAGACCAAGUGAUCCUGCGGCUGCGGGGACUGCCCUUCUCGGCUGGGCCAACGGACGUGCUAGGCUUCCUGGGGCCAGAGUGCCCAGUGACUGGGGGUGCCGAGGGGCUGCUCUUUGUGCGCCAUCCUGACGGCCGGCCGACUGGUGAUGCCUUCGCCCUCUUUGCUUGUGAGGAGCUGGCACAGGCUGCACUGCGCAGGCACAAGGGCAUGCUGGGUAAGCGAUACAUUGAACUCUUCCGGAGCACUGCAGCCGAGGUGCAGCAGGUCUUGAAUCGCUAUGCAUCCGGCCCAGUCCUUCCCACACUGACUGCCCCACUGCUGCCCAUCCCCUUCCCACUGGCACCUGGGACUGGGAGGGACUGUGUACGCCUCCGAGGCCUGCCCUACACGGCCACCAUUGAAGACAUCCUGAGCUUUCUGGGGGAGGCAGCAGCUGACAUUCGGCCCCAUGGUGUGCACAUGGUGCUCAACCAGCAGGGCCGGCCAUCGGGCGAUGCCUUCAUUCAGAUGACAUCAGCAGAGCGAGCCCUAGCUGCUGCUCAGCGUUGCCAUAAGAAGGUGAUGAAGGAGCGCUACGUGGAGGUGGUCCCCUGUUCCACAGAGGAGAUGAGCCGUGUGCUGAUGGGGGGCACCUUGGGCCGCAGUGGCAUGUCCCCUCCGCCCUGCAAGCUGCCCUGCCUCUCACCACCUACCUACACCACCUUCCAAGCCACCCCAACGCUCAUUCCCACGGAGACGGCAGCCCUAUACCCCUCUUCAGCACUGCUCCCAGCUGCCAGGGUGCCUGCUGCCCCCACCCCUGUUGCCUACUAUCCAGGGCCAGCCACUCAACUCUACCUGAACUACACAGCCUACUACCCAAGCCCCCCAGUCUCCCCCACCACUGUGGGCUACCUCACUACACCCACUGCUGCCCUGGCCUCUGCUCCCACCUCAGUGUUGUCCCAGUCAGGAGCCUUGGUCCGCAUGCAGGGUGUCCCAUACACGGCUGGUAUGAAGGAUCUGCUCAGCAUCUUCCAGGCCUACCAGCUACCCGCUGAUGACUACACCAGUCUGAUGCCUGUUGGUGACCCACCUCGCACUGUAUUACAAGCCCCCAAGGAAUGGGUGUGUUUGUAGGAGAGAAAGCCAGGAGGUAAGAGCCAGCUGAUAUCCUCAGCGAACAUGUCUCUCCUGAGUCCAGAAGACCAGCACCCUCAACCUGGUAGCUUCUUUCUGGCUUGUCAAAGCUCUCAGAAGGUACCUAGAGGAGCCCAAGCCCCAGCUCCAUCCUCCACUUAUUCUUCUGCCUGUUUCCCCCAAAGACAAUGGCUGGACCCUGCAUGCAGGGCUGGGGGUGGAAUGGGGCUAACCAGCUCCUGAUGGCCGGAGCCAGGCAUCUUGACUGACACCUGCAGAGCCCUUUAGUCUGUCCUGGCUGUGGCCCAUGCCAACAGAUAUCGUGGGGCUGACAGGUCCACGGCAGGCUUGCUUGCUUUUAUAAAAUGGAAGCUCUGGUACCUUCAAUGUAUGACUCCUGGGAGAACCAAGGGUCCAUCUGAGCCUCUGAGUAAAGAUCCCAAUGUUCUAUCUCCCCCUGUCCCUCUGGUGGGGGAUAGGGAGGCAGAGAGAGCCAGCCCCUACCCUCAGAAUAUCUGGACCUCAGAGACCAUGUUGUGCCAGGGGUGGUCCCACCUAAAGAUGCUAGCCCCUCUCCAGGUGGGCAUAAGGAGUAACAGAUGGCAAAACCACAAACUAUUUUGAUGGACUGUGCUGCAGUAUCACCAGAAGACAUUAGGGGGCAGGAGGCCCCCACACAAAACCUUCAGGCUUGAAUUUUAAAGGGGACUUUCUGCCAACUUUUCUUGUACGCCUUGGGAAAGCCAGUUGCCCUGAACCCAGCAGACACCAUGGAAUGUCCUUUGCACGCAUUAAAUGGUACAGAACUGAAGCCUCGGAAGCAAUUUGGAACUCGAUCUUCUCUUCCUUAAAUGAAAAGUUAUUGACCAAAUGGACUUUUUAAAAGACACAGGACCCUUAACUUUGCCCCAAAGUGAGGGGCUCCACAUCAACCCCAGGCGGAGGAACACUCAGACAGAUUAAGGAUACUGUUGACCUGUCACUGUUUAUUAUUUCAGCACUAAAACUGAGGAGCCUCAACUGCUGGCUCUUCUUCCCUUUGUAUUUGUAUAAGGAGCACUGCACUCCCAUAAAGGUUUUAAAAUACAAAAUGUACAAGAACA